CAAGCAAUUGUGGCUCAAGCCAUUUUGGCUCGAGGCUCGCAAGUGCCUCGCCGCCGGGGUAUGCCAGUUGGAUCCAGAUAGGUUGGGAUGACCAGUUAUAAGGUGUACCAAAGUGACGAGGAUAAGUCCGCGGAUGCGGCGAAGAAGGUGCGCUCUGCAAAGGAGAAGGGCCAACUCGCCACGGACUUCGACUAUGACAAGGGCUGCUACUUUGCUGGUGCUACUGCAAAGGAUAUAUAUGCCGUGCUUGUGUUCCUCUGUCUGCUUAUCCCAUACAUGCUCAUCCUGUACGUCUGCAUCGCGAUCUACCUCUUCGUCGCUCGUAUCCCAACCUACUUCCUCAUGCUUCUCGACCCGGUCUGCGGUUGGUUCCCGGACGAGGCGACGCCGCAUGCGCCGAACACGGUCAGUUUCUACAUUGUUACAGUCGUCCAGACGGUUGCGAUCUUUCCAGUGUUGCUGGUCGCACUGAUGCAUAUCCUCGUCGUGCAGGUCGUGGCCUGCGUGGCCUUCGGUCCAGUUGGCUUCUUCACAGGCGUUAACGUGUGCGAAAAUUGGAGGCUCGUUCAAACGUGCACCCACUACAUGGGUCAUUCCGACUGCGGCUGCCCGCUCGGACUCAGCCGCGCCUUUGAAUUCUGGCGCUACGUCUUUGGGCUUUACCAUCGCCAGCAUUGGUGUGAGUGGCUACUUGCGCCUGGCUUUAUGAUCGUCUUCAAUCCAGCGUUGAAGUACAUUUUCACUACCAACAUCUGGCUCUGGACGCUGGGGGAGAAGUACUGCAAUCAGUGGACAAAGCCAUUCCCUGGCUCGGAUCGCGAGGUCAUCACCGAGAAAAUCAAGACCAUCGUCUCGGACUACAAGCUUCGGGGCUCGCUGGAAAGGAAGGUCGACGACGCUUGCUUCUGUGCCCAUUAUGCUAGACCGCUGCCCGGCUCACGGGCGCAGUGCAUCGGCAUGCAGUUCGCGCCAGAGAAGCUCGCUGUGAACCUGACGAUGACGACGCACCAGUACCUCGUGGAAGGAGCCAAGCCACGCUCCUCGACGGCGACCGAUGCCCUAUGGGCCGUAGAGCUCCACUACUGGAACAGCUGGCACUUCUUGACCGGGUACGUCGAGGUCUCCCUGCAGGACGAGGCGGUCGAUGAGAACGCGCUUGAGCACCCGAUGUGGAUUGUGGUGCCAUCGACGGGGGUUUUCGGCCACAAGCUCUACGAAGGCGUGAACAAGCUCUUCGCGAAGUAUUCGCCACAGCUGCAUGACUCGAUCCAUGGCGAAUUGUAGCUGCAUGUACCAAUUGUAUGAACACGAUCGGAUGUUCUUCAUGUGCGGCUUUCUAUGGGCCAUGCUCCUGGCUGUUCCCGUCUUGGCUGAUACGUUUUAUGUGGGAAUUCUUGACGCUUCGCGUAUCUCCAUCAGCCCAUCCAAAAACGAUACCCAGGC